AUGGCUGAAAAGAUUUCAUCCAACUUUGAAUUCACCAACGUCGUGUGCACAUCUUUACAUAAAAAGUUUGACGAUUUCGAAUAUUGCUUUUUAAAGUCAGUGAAUCGAACCUACAAAUAUUUAUCUCUAAAAGUGAAUUUAUUCAAAAUUCCAAUUACGAAAUUCAAAGGAAUACUCUACAAACGAUUCAGCGGCUACAGGCCUUUCAUGUUCAAUGUCACAGUGGAUGCCUGUAGAUUCUUGAAAGAUACUAAUUCGAACCCAAUAGUUAAUUACUUUUUGAACUUCUUCAGACCCUUUUCGAAUAUUAACCACACCUGUCCGUUUGAUCAUGAUCUCAUUGUGGAAAAGGUUCCCAUCGACUUUGUUAACCACCAAGUUACGAAGGUUCUACCUUUCCCAGAAGGAGAUUACCUACUGGAAACCCAUUGGCUUGCCUACGACAUCGAUCGGGCAGUGGUAAAAAUAUAUGGCACUAUAUCUUAA